AGAGAGAGAGAGAAACUUUAGUGUGUGCAUCUGAAUCUGAUGAGUUGAAAAGCUGAAGUUGCUGAGAUUAGUUCCAUCCUACAUGGGAAAGCUGGUGCUCCUUCUUGUGAAUAUUUCAUGUUUGAUUGCAUUGGUUAGGUUUACAAGCUGUGGAUUAGAUGCUGCAACUCCUCCUCUUCAUCCUGAAGAAGUGAAGGCACUGAAAACAAUAGGGAAGAAGGUGGGGAAGAAGGAAUGGGAUUUUGGGGUGGAUCCAUGCACUGGCAAAGGGAAUUGGGUGAUGCAGGAAGAUGAUGACACUGGUCUUGCAAGCAAUGUAACCUGCGAUUGUUCUUCCACCUCCUGCCAUGUUGUAAGCAUAUACUUAACUGCUACCAACAUUUCAGCUACUUUACCACCAGAGUUUUCCAAGUUCCGAAACCUGAAACUGUUUGACCUGAAUCGUAACUACUUCACCGGUUCUGUUCCUCAAGAAUGGGCUACAAUGAAGCUGGAAACGCUCUCGUUGAUGGGGAACCGGUUAUCCGGUCCAUUCCCGAAAGUUCUUACCAGCAUCACCACCCUCACCAAUCUGUCUAUAGAAGGAAACAACUUUUCAGGGUCUAUUCCACCUGAGAUUGGAAAGUUGAUCAACUUGCAGAGCCUCCAUCUGUCAUCAAAUGCCUUCACUGGAGAACUGCCGGUAGAGCUAGCCAAGUUGGUCAACUUGACUGACAUGAGGAUAAGUGACAACAACUUUUCUGGAAGGAUACCUGGAUUCAUUGGUAAAUGGAAGCGCAUUAAUAAACUGCAGAUCCAGGGUAGCUCUCUUGAGGGGCCUAUACCUUCCAGCAUUUUGGCUUUGACUAGCUUAUCUGAUCUGAGGAUUAGUGACUUAAAAGGCAGAGACUCUCAUUUCCCACCAUUGCAUAAUCUCCACUCACUCAAGACAUUGAUCCUAAGGAAUUGCUUACUAAAUGGAGAAAUCCCGGAAUAUAUUGGUGAUAUGAAGAAAUUGAAAACUCUGGAUCUUAGCUAUAAUAACUUGAGUGGAGCGAUUCCAGAAUCAUUCCACAAACUGACCAAAGCAGAUUUCAUGUAUUUGACUGGAAAUCAUCUCACCGGGUCUGUGCCUGGGUGGAUCCUGGAAAGAAAUAAAAAUGCGGAUGUAUCAUACAACACUUUCACCUGGGAAGCCUCGAGUCCGAUCGAGUGUCCUCGAGGCAGCGUAAACUUGGUUGAGAGCUAUUCCAAAGCAGCAAAUGAAUUAAGUAGGGUUCCUUCAUGUCUAAGACAGACCUUCCCAUGUUCUGCUUCAUCCAGUCAAUAUAAAUACUCGCUGCACAUUAAUUGUGGGGGGAAGGAACUCAACAUCAGCGGCGGUGAUAAAUACGAAGCCGAUAGAGAACCAAGAGGUGCUUCUAUGUUUUACUUGGGGCAGAACUGGGCGUUAAGCAGCACCGGGAACUUCAUGGAUAAUGAUAUUGAUGCAGAUAACUAUCUUGUUACCAACACUUCAGCUUUGUCCAAUGUGUCUGCGGUCCGUGCAGAACUCUACACGACAGCGCGUAUUUCUCCCCUCUCUCUCACAUAUUAUGGACUCUGCCUAAUGAAGGGGAACUACACUGUUAGUCUGCACUUUGCGGAAAUUAUUUUCAAGAACGAUCGAUCAUAUUACAACCUUGGGAAACGUAUAUUUGAUGUCUAUAUUCAGGGAGUACUGGUGCUGAAAGAUUUUAACAUCCAAGAGGAAACUGGUGGUGCCAGUAAGCCCAUCGUAAAGAACUUUACAGCGGUCGUGACAAGCAAUACGUUAAAAAUCCACUUAUAUUGGGGUGGAAAGGGGACUACAGGCAUCCCGUCAAGGGGAAUGUAUGGCCCUCUUAUUUCAGCCAUAUCAGUGGUUCCAAAUUUUCAGCCGCCGAGUGUCGUUGGCAAAAAGAAUCAUCUCUUAGAGAUAGUGGUGUCUGGGACAGCUAUCGCAGCAAUAGUUUUUUCCCUUAUACUCAUAGGUAUCUUUUGGAGAAGAGGUUGGCUUGGUGGCCAAAAUUCUUCUGAAAAGGAGCUGAGAGGCUUGGAUCUUCAAACAGGAAUUUUCAGUCUUAGACAGAUUAAAGCUGCAACCAAGAACUUUGACGCCGGAAACAAAAUAGGGGAGGGUGGCUUCGGUUCCGUGUAUAGGGGCCUAUUGUCGGACGGAACAAUUAUUGCAGUGAAACAGCUGUCAUCUAAAUCUAAGCAGGGGAAUCGCGAAUUCGUGACUGAAAUAGGCAUGAUAUCCGCACUGCAGCAUCCAAAUCUUGUGAAGCUGUAUGGAUGCUGUGUAGAAGGAAACCAGUUAUUAUUAGUUUACGAGUACAUGGAAAAUAACUGUUUAUCCCGUGCACUUUUUGGGAAGGAUGCUACACUCAAACUGAAACUGGACUGGCCUGCCAGGCAAAAAAUCUGCCUUGAUAUUGCAAGGGGCUUGGCCUACCUCCACGAAGAGUCGAGAAUAAAAAUCGUGCACAGGGAUAUUAAAACAAGUAACGUGUUGCUUGAUAAGAAUCUAAAUGCAAAAAUUUCUGAUUUCGGUCUGGCGAAGCUAAACGAAGAUGACGUAACCCACAUCAGCACUCGAAUUGCCGGGACAAUCGGUUAUAUGGCUCCUGAAUAUGCAAUGCGUGGUUACUUAACCAACAAGGCCGAUGUCUAUAGCUUCGGUGUUGUCACUUUGGAGAUCGUUAGCGGAAAGAGCAACACAAACUACAGGCCGAAUGAGGACUUCGUUUACCUUCUUGACUGGGCUUAUGUUUUGAGAGAGAGGGGAAGUCUAUUGGAUUUGGUGGAUCCGGACUUGGGAUCGGAGUACUCAUCGGAGGAGGCAAUGGUGAUGCUGAAUGUGGCACUCUUAUGCACCAAUGCAUCCCCCACACUAAGGCCUACCAUGUCACAAGUCGUGAGCUUGCUUGAAGGUCGAACUUCUGUUCAAGACCUCCUCUCAGACCUCGGCUUUUCGUCGAUUAAUUCAAAAUUCAAGGCAUUGGUUAACCACUUCUGGCAAAAUCCAAGCCAAACGAUGAGCUUGUCAAGUAAUGGCCCAGAAACUGAUUCCAUAAGUUCAAAUAUUGAAACAGAAGAGAGGAGUCGUCUAUUGAGUUUGAGAGUGAAUGGUGUUCAAUCUCAGAUAUAAUUAGUAGCUUUUCUUUGGUAGUACAUACAUGACAAACAAGUACGCAUAUCACAUAUACUGCAAAUGUAACUGUUCAAAUUUCGAUAAUAGUUCUCUUUUCACUCAA